AUGUCGCUCACUGCUGAUCCACCAGCCUGCACUGUGCCAGCAGCCGGAGGCUCCUCUACUCACAAGCUUGUUAACGGAGGUGCCGAUAAGCUCAUCUUCAAGAUCAAGUCAUCAAACAACAAUGAGUACCGUAUUGUCCCAGUCUUUGGAUUUGUCGACCCAUCUGGAUCCAAGGACGUCGUGAUCACUCGCACUGCUGGAGCACCAAAGGAGGACAAACUUGUCGUUCAUUUCGCACCAGCCCCAGCUGAUGCUACUGAUGCUCAGGCCGCGUUUGCUGCAGUCACUCCAGCUGGAACUGUGACAAUUCCAAUGUCGGCAACCGCCUAA